GUUUUUUUUAAAAAAGAGAUUGAAGAUGGCGACCAGCUCGGAGCGCAGUCCUCCUCCGUUCCCCGACUCCGAGGACCAAGAUGUGCUGGACUCCGAAGUAGUCGGAGGCCGAGACAGUGAUGAAGACGACGGGGAGGACCUCUUCAUGAGCGCAAGUGACCCUCCACUGACUGAAAUGGAUGCCACACUGCCACCUGCCAAUGAACCCACUGAUGUUUUAAUGAAUCUUCCCACUGACAUCAUGGAUGCUCCCCUAAUUGAACCUGUCAGCAGCCCGUCAGAAAGCAAACCAGCAAGUGAAGUUGUCAGUGAACCCUCUGAUGAUUUUGUCGAUCUAACAAACAACAUAACCGACUCUCCCGAUGACUCAGUUGCAGCUGAAAUUGCCGUUGCAGACGCAGCAAAAGACUCAACUGAAAUCUCUCUCGAUGUACCAACAGAAAUCCCUUUAGAUGAACCCUCAGAUGAUUUUAUUGACAUAAUCAGAAGUGAAACUCGAGCACCAGAAGAGGAAGUUGUGUUUGCAGAUGUUACUGUUGAAGCACCAACAGACAAAAGUGAAGUGACCAGUGGGACUACAGAUCCACCUGCUGAAGGGGAAACAGGAGAAAAUGCUGAACAGGCAGCAAAAGAAACUUCCACUGCUCCAGUGGACGACCUCUUUGCUGAUAUGCCAGUUAGUAACACACAAAAGCUGCCUGUCAUUGACAAAAUUGUCGACCCUUUGGUUGACCUCCUCAGUGACGCCCCACCAGCUGCUGAUGCCAAAAAACCCAGCCAGGCAACCGUUGAUCUGUUUGAAGAUGAGGGAAGUGACUUGUUCACAGAACCACGGCAGACUAAAUCUGCCAAGCAGCCACAGAAAAGUCUCUUCGGUGAGCCUGAUGAGGAUCUGUUCGGUGAGCCACUGGGUGCCACUGCAAAGAAAACCAUCAGCAAGGAGCAGAAGGAGAAAUCUGUCAUGACCAAAGCUGCUGGGGUUAGUAGCAACAUAGGUGGACCUCUGCAAGACAGUAAUCCUGCAGAACCUGCUGAUAUCUUCACUGAAGAAGCCAUCACAUCAGUGCCCAGCAUCAAAAGCACCAGCACUGUCAACUCCAAGACUAAUGGAGUGCACUCUGAAGAGGAGACAGAUAUAUUUGCUGAAGCCACUGUGGAGCUUUCCCUUGACAGUCCGCAGGACCAGAGAAAGAGGGAGGCUGCAGCCAAACCGUCUGUGUCCGCCCCCUCUUCGUCAGGAGCUGCAAGCCUGACCAAGCCACAGCCUGCUGCCCUGGAGGAGUUGGAAGAAGAAGAGGAAGAAGAGUUGGAAGACACAUUUGAGAUCUUGGUUUCUGUCAAAGACCCUGAAAAAAUAGGGGACGGCAUGAACGCCUACAUGGCCUACAAAGUAUCUACACAGACCACAUUGCCCAUGUUCCGCAGCAAGACUUUCACAGUGAGACGACGCUUCAGUGACUUCCUCGGCCUCUAUGAGAAGCUUUCUGAGAAACAUGGACCAAAUGGAUUCAUUGUGCCUCCGCCACCGGAGAAGAGCAUCCUGGGUAUGACAAAGGUGAAGGUGGGAAAGGAAGAUUCCUCAUCAGCAGACUUUGUUGAGAGAAGAAGAGGCGCUUUGGAGAGGUACCUUCAGCGAGUGGUAAAUCACCCAUCACUUAUCCAAGAUCCUGACGUCAGAGAAUUCCUGGAGAGAGAAGAAUUGCCCAGAGCAGUGAGCACCCAGGCUCUGAGCGGCGCCGGCUUUCUGAAAAUGAUCAACAAAGCAACAGAUGCUGUCAGUAAAAUGACCAUCAAGAUGAAUGAGUCAGACGUGUGGUUUGAGGAGAAGCUGCAGGAAGUGGAGGCUGCAGACCAGCACUUCAGGAAGCUCCACGCGCUGGUCGAAUCUCUGGUGGUCCACAGGAAAGAGCUUUCUUUAAACACUGCCAGCUUUGCCAAGAGCACGGCCAUGCUGGGCAGCGCAGAAGACAACACGGCUCUGUCCCGAGCUCUCUCUCAGCUGGCAGAGGUGGAGGACAAGAUGGAGCAGCUGCACCAGGACCAGGCUGCAAACGACACCUUCAGCUUCGCCGAAGUCAUCGCAGAUUACAUCCGCCUGCUUGGCGCCGUGAGGGGGUCGUUUGAUCACCGGAUGAAGGCGUGGCAGCGUUGGCAGGAUGCUCAGACUGUGCUGCAGAAGAAGAGGGAGACUGAGGCCAAACUGCUGUGGGCCAACAAGCCAGACAAACUGCAGCUGGCCAAGGAGGAGAUCGCUGAGUGGGAGGCCAAAGUGACACAAUUCGAGAGAGACUUUGAAAGAGUUUCUGCUACUGUGCGCAAAGAAGUCGUCCGCUUUGAGAAAGAAAAAGCCAAGAAUUUCAAAAGACAGAUAGUUAAGUACUUGGAGUCUCUGCUUCAGUCUCAGCAACAGCUGAUAAAAUACUGGGAGGCUUUCUUACCAGAAGCAAAAGCAAUCGCCUAAUCGUCGAGCACCAGCCUUUUGGACGACAGAACAGAACAGACAGGCUGCCUUCUUCUUAUACACUUUACCUCUUGCCUUUAAACCAAGGAAAAUGUGUGCAUUGUAAAGGGAGAUACAAUCAACCUGUUUUUUUAAUCACCUUUAACAUAUAGCUCUGUAUUCUAUUGUAUUAAUAAUUGUAUAUUUUCAUUUAACCUUCCACAAAUAUUUUCUUAUUAGAUGAAAAAGAGUUUGCAUAUACAAAGAUAUGGACACACGACAAGAGAAAAAGUGUAGAUGAAUGAUUCCAUUAAUUUCCACAAGAGAAGGGAAUUGAGUCCGUUUCUCUCAGGAUUUUCACCCUCGUGUGAUCAGGAGCUCCUUCACAUCAGCAGUGGUUAAUUGUUUACAGCGCGGCUGCUCUCUCAUCAGAUACUUCUGGGGACCCAGAUGAAGAAAGUGGCCAAAAGUCUCACUCUGUUGCUUCUUUUUAAUGACUCAAAGGGAUUAAAAAAAACAAAAAAAACAAACAGUUAAUUGAAUAUGAUUUAUGAGCACUUCCACCAGGUGGAUAAAAUACUUAAGUACCAGCCAUGUUUUUUUUUUGUUUUUUUUUGUUUUUGUCUUUCAGAUUAAAAUACUAUCGAUUACUGAAGGGAGGGGUGCAGGGUGUUGAGAGGCAUUAGAUUUCUACAGCUGUGGUCAAGGGUUGCAUCGUAGGUCAAGCUUGUGAGUUUAUUGUUUUAGAUUUCAAUCAUAGUGCAAACUUUACUAUUGUAACUACACAUGUCUGUGCCUUUUGAAGCCAGUGUGGGAGAAAGUUGAACACAGUGCAGAGGCUUGUUAACAGUUACUUCAACAACAGCCAUAAUGAUAUGAUGAGUGUCAAAGCUGAGGUUAAAGAGCAUUAUUGGUGGUAGUGUCACGUUGAGGCUCAUUUACUACAAAUCAAGUGUUUUUUCCUCUACGUUCUUGCUGAUAACUGCCGUUCUGGUUUCAGUCUUCGGAUUUACUGUGUGGAAAUCAGCCUGCAGAGACUUAACAAAAUUGGUUUUGUCAAAGGUUGUGUCAUUUGACACUUUUGAAGCUGCUACAAAGCAUCAGUGACUAACUUUGAGAGAACGCUGACAUGUCUGCUGGAUGGAUUUGCCUUCUCAAACAGGUUUCAUGUCUUUGCAAGUUGGUUUUCAUGCUACUUGUGUGCAUUAAUAUAAUACUGAGCCCAUUUCACACAGGACUAGUCUGUGUAUUGUGUUGUGCAUUCAUACAGAAUAUGCAAAGUCUGUAUUUCACUUCUGUUUACUUACAAGGCUCACAUCGACUCUCAGUGUCUGUUCUUCAGCAGCCACAUUAUUAAUUCAAGGACAGACGUCCUCGGCAAUUAUUACAAAUUACUAGAGGCCCCGAGGUCAUACUAUUCCCGUGUGAAUAGGGCUCAAGAAACCAAAAGCUGUCUGCAUGUAAGUAUUCUCCUGUCCUUCUGUGUGGUAUGGUUGGCAGUAACAUUAGGGCUGCAACUAACAGUAAUUCCGUUACUCUGUCAGGUGAAGGGGAUGUCUUGAAAUAGUUUCAUCUGACAGAAGUUUGAUGUCAGUUUGAUGAGUAAAGGUACCCUGUGGAGUUUCAAUUUUAGCAUUGUGUAUCAAUGUUUUAAAGUUUGGAUCCAGUCUACAUAAGUUUCGUUUACUGUCACAGAGGAGGAAAGGAACCAGAAAAUAUCACACAAUCAGAGAAACUGAUAGCCGUUGACUUAUUUGAUAGGUGACAACUAACAGAUUCAUUUUUGGAUUCUUCCAAAAAGAGAUGC